GGUGCGAUUGCCCCGCCCACUGCCUUUGACCACCACCAUGGCUGCGAGUGCUCAGCUCUAUGGAUUUCCUCCAGGAUACUUCGUGAUUCGUAAUCUUGCGAAUGGUAGGCUGUGGGACGUUGGUGGAGAUGAUGUAGAAGAUGGCAUCGAGAUUCUACUCUGGCCAGAGAAAGAGAAGUCUUUAGUUGAAACCUUGAGAAAUCCAGAUGCCAAUAAUCAGGUAUUCUUCAUCGAUACAUCGGGCGCUCUUUGCUCGAGAUCAUCAGGACAUGCGAUCGAUAUCGAAGGGGACCAUUUAGUACUCCGACAUCGCCGACCCAUCUCCCAACCAUAUCCAAACGAAUACUCGCAUCCUCUACCUCGUUUCUCCUACUCUCGAGAAACUCAGCAGAUCACUGCAUCUUUCCAGUGUGAUCCUGCAUACCCUCCGCCAGCCGCGCAAACUUCAACUGCGUGGAUGCGAAAGACAUACGUCCUGUCAUCAAUUCCAAUGCCCAAGCCAAAGUCACUGUUAGAUAACGCAUCGGCUUUCCUAAGCUCCGCUGUGAUAUCCCCCAUUUCGUAUUUCUCUGGUGGCACAGCACAGCGAAAGGCAACUCCUGAGGAUGUUUUCAGUGGGGAUAUAGACCUCACCGAAGACGAAACUUUAGAACAGGAUCGAGGCGUAGAAGGAGAAGCAGAUGACUCUCACGAGCUUCUCAGAAAACUCAGAGUUUUGACGAUCGGUCAGCGGGAUGCUCCCGCAGAAGGUGAGAAUGCUAGAAAACGCCGCCAAUGGCAGAUUUUGCCCUUGCGCACGUCAGCCGCUCAUCGGAGACCAUUGUAGUGACUGUAAUUGAUGUUUGUGUGGUGCUUGUCUUCCUUUUUUUUUGAGCCUACAUGCUUUGUACUGUAGUUUGCUUUGGAACUGUGUCGUGGUGGGUGUGGGUAGUAGUCGCGUAGUAAAUCACGUGUAUUUUUGAGUUUUUGAUUUCGAGUCUCCGCCGGGCCCGCGUGCACACUCCUUU